GUGCUACCCAAACACACACGGUUCAAUUGCAACCUGCGGUGGUGGAGGCUUUAACACAGACGAUAAUCGAAUGGCUCUGUUAUAAUAUUGACACUGCUGAAGACUUUGAAACUUUCCGCCUGAAGACAGUAAAUCUGAAGACGUCUGGCAUUCGUUAUUAACUGCUGCUGACUUUCUCAUCAACUUUCUCUACCUGGAUCGAGAGAGUUGGACACUAAUUUUCUGGUGUUUUUGAGGCUGAGCAGGCUGAACUUCAGCCGGUGGACUCAUGGCCAUUAACGCUGAUGUGGAGGACUGGGCCGGGGUUGGGAGUCAUGACUCUGGAGAACGGGCCUGGCUCUUGCAGAGUCCCAGCGUGGAUAGUAUCCCACAUCCUGAGAUGGACAGGAGAAGGAGCGAUGGCGUGUCGUCUUUGGGAGCGGUGUUCAUCGUUGUGAACGCAGCAUUAGGAGCUGGUCUUCUAAAUUUCCCUGCAGCCUUUAAUAUGGCAGGAGGAGUAACUGCAGGAGUAAUGCUCCAAAUGUUCAUGCUGGUCUUCAUAAUCAGUGGACUGGUGAUCCUUGGAUACUGCUCCCAGGUCAGUAAUGAAAGUACUUAUCAGGAAGUGGUUCGAGCCUCUUGUGGAAAAGUCACAGGAGUCAUAUGUGAAGUGGCGAUCGCUGUCUACACGUUUGGGACCUGCAUCGCUUUCUUUAUCGUUAUUGGAGACCAGCUUGAUCGUUUGAUAGCAGCAGCUGAACAUAAUGAGGGUGACACAGUCAGUGGGCUUUGGUACACUGACCGCAAGUUUACCAUUGCUCUUACUGGUGUCCUCAUUAUUUUGCCUCUCUCCAUUCCCAAAGAGAUCGGCUUCCAGAAGUACGCCAGUACGCUGAGUGUCCUGGGAACCUGGUAUGUUACUAUCGUGGUCAUUAUUAAAUACCUGUGGCCAGAUAGAGUGAUUAAACCGGGCUACAUUCCCACCAGUGCUUCUUCCUGGACUGCAGUUUUCAACGCAAUGCCCACCAUAUGCUUUGGUUUCCAGUGCCAUGUCAGCUGUGUGCCAGUGUUCAACAGCAUGAGAAAAAAAGAGAUCAAACCCUGGGGGUUUGUAGUUACUCUUAGCAUGGUCAUCUGCCUCUUUGUUUACACAGGAACAGGUGUCUGUGGCUUCCUGACAUUUGGCUCUAACGUCAGUCAGGAUGUGUUGAUGUCAUACCCCUCUGAUGAUAUUGCCGUGGCCAUUGCAAGAGCUUUUAUUGUCAUCUGUGUCAUCACCUCCUACCCCAUUUUGCACUUCUGUGGCAGGGCAGUUAUUGAAGGACUCUGGCUGCGUUUCCAAGGUGAGCAGGUGGAGGUGUGCGUACGCCGGGAACAGAGGAGGAGGAUCUUACAGACGCUGGUGUGGUUUGUCGUCACUCUUGUCCUUGCACUCUUCAUCCCAGAUAUUGGUCGGGUGAUCUCUUUGAUUGGAGGAUUAGCAGCCUGCUUCAUCUUUGUCUUUCCAGGUUUGUGUUUGAUGCAAGCCAAACUGGCAGAGACUGACAACCGGUCUGCCAGCUGGCACGGAUUGGUGGGCCUUGGUGUCAUCAUGGUUACAGUUGGAGCCUUCAUCUUCGGCCUCACCACAACCAACGCCAUUUAUCAAGACAUCAUUAGCUAAAAGUAACAUUUAAAGUGGAGCCAGUUGAGUCUUUACCCUUGAAAAUGGAGGAAGAGGGCGUUCAGUCCUUUGCUGCUAUUCUGAACUAAUGGAGAAGAAGGAGAAUCCUUUCAUGACAGUAGUACAAAAAGUCAGGUUGUCUACUUUCUAACGCCGCCCUGCUCCACUGCUCUUCACUCUGUCAGGUAGUUGGGAGGAUCCACAAAACCAAGUGGCUUUAGACACUGCCUUGUAAUUUCUGUACAUUUUGACCGCAUGUUUUUAUGGGCUUCAACUUCUCUGUCUGUGAACUUUGUACAGUCAAAACAUUCCUGAAGUCUGUAUAGAGCAGAGGAAUUACUACAGAGGAGUCUUAUAAUCCUGUUGAUUUUAAUCGUGACAUUGUACCAGUAUUUUAACCUGCAUGUUGACAAAAAACAUUUGUUUAGAUUGACAUGCUGUGGCUCCAAGGUCUAACCCAGGUCCACUUUUAUUUUACUGCUGCUCAAAGUUCCUCAACAAGUCUUUUGUCUCUCAUAUACAGGGAAGUUUAAAUGAGUGAUAGUUUUGCACACAGUAGUUAACAACAUCAUUACUAAAGGAUGUUUCAAAUGCAGUACUGUGCAAUUUGAGUGUUUUAUUUUGUAGUACUUGUAAAAAGUAGGAAACGGGAGGUUUUCUACAAUAUGGCUAAAGGAAACGGAUGUGUCAUUUUUAAGCACAUUGUAGAAAUCAUUUGAGAUAUUUAUUUUUUUAUUUUCUGUUUCAUACUUGAAAGUCAGAAGUUGUACUAUGAUUUGAUAGUUUGCCAUGAUUUUAAAUAAUUUUAGAUAGGCAUGUACAAGCUAUGGCUCCGGUUGGCUUGCAUGCAUUUUAAAUAAUAACUUUUGUUGUCAGUUUACAUCAGUUUACAGACAUGCUGGAAACUAAAGCAGUACACCCUCCAAACAUUACGUACUAAUGUGCAGUGUCAACAUGUGCUGCACCACAGUGCAAACUCUUACAAGGCCCUAGGGUGGGGUGGAAAAUUAAAUUUUGUGAAUGUAAGAGAAAAUCGGAUGUAAACUGCUAUUUUUGUUGAAUAGUUUUUUAAAACAGUUUAUCUGGGCAGCAGGGAAGAGACAUCUUCACUGUCGCUGGUUUCAAACUCUUUAGUGUGAGGGUUCAUGUACUUGAAUCAUGUCUUUUUUUGCCUUAGAAGGUGCAAAUAUUUUAACAUGAAACCAAAGUGUUUGCUUUUAUUAAUUUUCAAAGCCCCAUUGUGUGAUACCAUUUCUGCUUCGUUCUAAUUAAAAAUGUUCAAAACACAAUCAUUGAUCAUUUAAUCAGACUUCAGGCUAAACUUCACAUUCAAGCUGUUAAAGCAGCUGCAGCAAACUUUAAUGAGAAAAUGUUGAACAUUUAAAAUCAUGUUUAUCAAGACUAAACGGAAUUGCUUUACAUGUUUUGGACAGAGUGAAAGCUGAUUCUCUUGGCAAGUCUUGGAAUUAUGUAAUAUAUAUUUUUAAACCCUAGAUUUGAUCAAAUCCAAAAAUAUGAGUGUUUUUAUUUGUGAACAUAAGGGACCGCUCUACAAAAGGAGUCAACACUACCAUAAAAAAGCAAUAAUGUAUUAAGACACACUUUUGGACUUAAUGCAUAUACCAUAGUAUUUCGAGAAAAGAAGCUGCAGACCAAACUGUAAUUCUGUCUGGACAAAAAGUUGCUCUGUUUUCUUGACGGACACUUAGGGAUUGUGGUGGAGCCUUUGCGUCAAGUUUUAUGUUAUAAUUGUGAUGCUGAAGAAAACAUGUUGGAUAUAUGACUUCUUGUUUUCUUGUGUGUUGUCAGUCUGAGGGUGCUCCUUUUUUCUUUGGUACAUCUAUUACAUAGGGAUGCACGAUAUUAUCAGCAUGAUAUUUUAAAUCAGCAGAUUCGAACAUUUCUGAAGAUAUUUAAAACAUAUUUUAACUGUAAAAAUCUGCCUAAAUCAGCUGUAAGUAUGGCCAUACAAACCAAUAAGUGAGCGGAGCUUUAAGCUGCACCAACAAACCUAUGUAUACUAGAGUCUCUCCCUAUUCAUCACCAUGCCUUAAACUUUAUAGUGGGUUUUAAUGGAUAAAAAUGGUUAUUUGUUCAUCUACAAACUUUAAAUUGUGUGUUUAAGGACUUUUAGGUAUUGAACUUGUGACUUAUAAAUAUUGGCAUCAAGAUCAGCUAAAAUGUAUUUGAAAAUAUCGGCGUAUCAGAUAUCAACAAAAUUCCUAUAUCAUGCAUCCCUACUAUUAAUCAGAUCUCAUGUGUCUGUCAUCUCAGAGAAUUAACUUGAAAAUUAAGUUCAUGUAAUAAUUUAAUGGAAAUGCUUGAACCAUCCUGUGGUAUCACAUUAAAGAACAACAAUCCAGGCAU